CUUGAAGACAUAUUAAUGGAACUGAUAAAAGUGGACAUGCAUAAUUUUGUUGUUGGACUCUAACCUGAACUGACAUCUGAUAUAUGCUUUCUAGUUUCAAUUUAUAUCUUUGUUUUGCUUCUAUAUCCUUCAAACUCGCAUCAAUGUUUUUGCCAUAUUCCUCCUAACCAUUUGCAGAAACAUAGUGAACUGACAAUCACUCUGAAUGGAAUGCACGUCCACUCUUGGUGAUCAUUCAAACUGUGGACAUGAUUCCCAAGCUAUUCAUGCAAUCUAACAUUUCUUUUUUGCUAUUUUUGAAAUUCUGUACCGAUUUGUUACUUCAGACCGUUAGUAAAAAAUAAAAAUAAAAAACUACUUUUGCCAUACGCAUAUCGUUAUUUACAUAUUUAUUGUUUUAUAUCCAUUCACUGAUCUUAGACUUUACAUGCAACAUGAUGCCAUUUUCUUCAAUAAAUGUUGUUCUUUGAUGUUUUUAUUAGAGCCAGAAUAAUACCAAGCAUGGAGAUUUAUCCCUUACUUGAAACGAUAAUGUUAUAUCAUAGCUGAUUUAGUUUUUUCACAUGUCUUGCCUGAAUUUCAUUUUUAUAUUGUUAUUUCCCCCCAACUUGGUGCUUCAUAAUUGCUGUGGCUGCUUUUGAAUUCGUUGUUAUGGGAAUCAAUAGAAGCAACAAAUCUAAAAUGGAGGCUUGUGUUUAAUUGGUGUAAAGUGUAAAAUUUAUUGGAUGCUUGAUAACUAAAUUUAUGUGUCUUCUAAAGACAGCAACUUAAAAGCUUUAAGAAUUAUUCUUAUUAAAUUCCUUCUAUUUACAGGGUGUUUUGGUUUUUCUAGCCGCCAAGUCUGGAUUAAUAAAAGAUACAGAGGAAGCUGCUGAGUUUCAAAAUUUUAUAAUUUGUGUUGAGAUGCUUGUCGCGGCAGUUGGGCAUCUUUAUGCAUUCCCCUACAAGGAGUAUGCUGGUGCAAAUAUUGGUAUUUCUGGUGACUUUUCAGCAAGCCUUGCACAUGCUCUGAAAUUAAAUGACUUUUACCAUGAUGCUGUCCACCAGUUUGCACCAACAUAUCACGAUUAUGUGCUCUACAACCACAGUGAGGGUGAUGAGGGUGCCAGGAAAUAUAGGGCUCGGACUUUUGUCCCAACUGGCCUUGAAAUGGAUACCGUAAGAAAAAACAAAAACAUGUUAAGUAACAAGUUGGAAGAUAUACAGUUAUCCAGUCUAUCAUCUUCAGGCAGCAGUACUCCUCAAAAUUCUGGAGUUGUACAUGAUACUGUAAAAUCAGAGGCAACGGACUUGCCAUUGCUCAUGGACGCAUCAAAUAUAAAUUCUGUUCCCUAUGAACUUACUUUCAUUGACAUAAACAUGUCUAAUUACCCAGCAAACGUGCCUGCUGCUAAUGAAGAUGGGACAAGGCUUCUCUCGAGUUAUAAAGAAGGCAGAUUCCUCAAACUUGUCCCUGUUUCCUUGGUCUUGCAAUUUCUCCCCUUGCUCAAGUCUUCCAUUGUGCAAGUUACAUAACCCCAAAAGGGUUAAUUUCGUGGCUGGGUUUCAAGUAGGCUGACUUAACCAGCAAGGGACGAAUACAUUGAAGGGUUAAGGCGUUGGUCGAAAGUUUCAGUGAAGCAAACUUCGGUCCAUGACAGGUGGUAUCAUACAGUAGAAAAUGGGAUGUAAAAUUUCUUAGCUGUAUCAAUUCACAUUUUAAGAAAUUUGAUCAAUUCGUAAUACAUGGAAAUACUCAUUGCUAUGCU